UUAGCUAUAAAAGCGACGCCGUUUCACUUGAAACAACUAAACGCACAGUUUUGAAGGAAUAUUUAAAUGCGAAUUUAGCUGCCGUUUCAGUUCACUUGAAACAGUAAAUUGCACCGUUUUGAGGGGAAAAAAAAAAAAAAAUUCAAAUUUAGCUCCUUUUUUGUUUGUUGAGUGAUCUGGAAAAUCGAGGGCGUAUGGAAAGAUUAUUCAGCUUUUGCAGAACACUUUCAUGUUUGAAUUUUGCAACUCACUGUAAAAUCAAGACAUGGAUACGUGGGUUUUCAGCUCAAGCAGCCCUAUCAACCCAACAAUGGGACAAUUAUAUGGAACCAUCAAUAAAAUCCUCAGAAUUCAAUGCUCGUGCUUACUGCUCUUCCCUCCAAAACUGUAUCCCGAACGAAGACCCCAAAACGGCAAUGGCCAUUCACUGUCAAGUUCUGAAGAAGGGUAAUUGCCUAGACUUGUUUGGCACUAACAUUCUUCUCAAUGUUUAUGUAAAGUUAAAUUUAUUGGUUAAUGCAAGACAGCUGUUCGAUGAAAUGCCCCAGAGAGAUACCGUUUCUUUUGUUAGUUUAAUUCAGGGGUAUUCGCAGUUGUUUCAGUUUUUUGAGUCUGUUGGAUUGUUUUCUAGGUUACAUAGGGAAGGUCAUGAGCUUAACCCCUUUGUGUUCACUACUAUUUUGAAGGUUCUUGUGAGCAUGGAGUGGGCAGAGUUGUGUUCUUGUAUUCAUGCUUCUGUAUAUAAGCUUGGUCACGAGUCUAAUUCUUUUGUUGGAACUGCACUUAUUGAUGCCUACUCUGUUUGUGGGUAUGUUGAUUUUGCUAGAGAAGUUUUUGACGGAAUUGUUUGUGAGGAUAUGGUUACUUGGACUGGAAUGCUUACUUGCUAUGCCGAGAAUGAUUGUUUUGAAGAGGCAUUGGAUUUGUUUAAUGAAAUGAGGAUUGUUGGGCUCAAGCCAAAUAAUUUUACUUUUGUUAGUGUGCUUAAAGCUUGUCUUGGAUUAGAGGCUUUUGGUGUUGCAAAGAGUGUUCAUGGGUGUGCUUUGAAAACUCGAUAUGAGAUGGGUCUUUAUGUUGGUACUGCUUUGCUUGAUUUGUAUGUCGAGUCUGGGGACCUUGGAAGUGCUCGGCGGCUUUUUGAGGAGAUGCCUAAGAAGGAUGUGAUUCCUUGGAGUUUCAUGAUUGCACGGUAUGCUCAAAGUGAUCAGAGCAUGAACGCUGUGGAGCUGUUUCAUAGAAUGAGGCGAUCUUUUGUUUUGCCUAAUCAGUUCACAUUUACUAGUGUGCUCCAAGCUUGUGCUACCAUGGAGGGUGUGGAUUUGGGGAAGCAAAUCCAUUGCCUCGUGGUCAAGGUUGGUCUUAACUUUAAUGUGUUUGUUUCGAAUGCCCUCAUGGAUGUCUAUGCUAAAUGUGGAAGGAUGGAGAACUCUAUGGAACUGUUUAAGGAAACAUCAAAUAGGAAUGAUGUGUGUUGGAAUACAAUGAUUGUUGGUUACGUGCAAUUAGGGGUUGGGGACAAGGCACUGAGUUUGUUCCUGGAAAUGCUUGAGAACCAAGUAUUGGCAACUGAAGUGACAUACUCUAGUGUUCUUCGUGCAUGUGCUAGUUUGGCAGCGAUGGAGCCGGGAACUCAAAUUCAUUCCUUGACUGUCAAAUCAAAUUAUGACAUGAAUGUUGUAGUCGCUAAUGCUUUGAUAGAUAUGUAUGCAAAGUGUGGGAGCAUUAACAAUGCUCGAUUAGUUUUUGAUGUGAUGAAUGAGCGAAAUAAAAUUACAUGGAAUGCUAUGAUCUCAGGAUACUCCAUGCAUGGUCUAAGUAUCGAGGCCUUAAAGGUUUUUGAAAUUAUGGUGCAAAGAGGGUGUAAACCCAAUAAUUUGACUUUUAUUGGUGUGCUAUCGGCUUGUUGCAACGCCGGACUCCUAGAUGAAGGGCAAGCUUAUUUUAAAUCUAUGGUGGAGGACUAUGGCAUUGAACCAUGUAUAGAGCAUUACACUAAUAUGGUCUGGCUUUUGGGCAGAGCAGGGCAUCUUGAUGAGGCUGCAAAGUUGAUAGAAGAAAUCCCAUUUGAGCCCAGUGUCAUGUUGUGGCGUGCCUUACUUGGUGCCUGCGUUAUUCAUAACAAUGUUGAGCUUGGAAGAAUUUCUGCUCAACAUAUUUUAGAGAUGGAACCCGAAGAUGAUGCGACUCAUGUGUUGUUAUCAAACAUUUAUGCCAAUGCAAAGAGGUGGAGAGAUGUUGCUUCUAUUAGAAAGAGCAUGAAAAGGAAAGGAGUGAAAAAGGAACCAGGUCUGAGUUGGAUUGAGAACCAGGGAACAGUUCAUUAUUUCACUGUGGGGGAUACCUCACAUUGUGACAUGAAAGUGAUUUAUGGGAUGUUGGAGUGGUUGAACAUGAGAACCAGGAAAGCUGGUUAUGUUCCUGAUCAUCGUGCUGUUUUGCGUGAUGUAGAAGAAGAUGAAAAGGAGCGGCACUUGUGGGUACACAGUGAAAGAUUAGCUUUAGCUUUUGCACUAAUUAAAAGUCCUCCUGGGAGCAAUAUUCGUAUCAUUAAGAAUCUCCGGAUAUGUGUGGAUUGUCAUGCUGCAAUAAAAUUGAUAUCAAAGAUAGUCCGAAGAGAUAUUAUUAUCAGAGAUAUGAACCGAUUCCAUCACUUUCAGGAUGGACUUUGCUCUUGUGGUGAUUACUGGUGAUUGACUCGUUGAUGCUCCUUAUUGACAGUUACCUUUUUUCAACAAAAGUUUUAAUCUUCUCCACAAAGUUAAAUAUACCCAUGAAGCAGGCCUCAACUUGCUGCGCUUAGGCUAGUCAUAUAAUCAGAGGUCAUUUUUUCCGCUGAACAAGAUGAGCUGCACAUGAUUUGAAGGUUGGAUUGCAAGCUUUCCGAGUCUUCUUGUUAUGUGCUCUUUUACUGCAGGCAUUAUCAAGAGCUAAAUCUGGCGAGGCUGUAAACACACGAAGUAACUAGAGCCAGGGGAAUGCAUUUGCCUAUGGGAGAAAGCUGUUGUUGAAUGUGGUCGCAGUUUCUAAAAGCUAUGAUGUUCCAUAUUAUCAUGUAGUUAGUUGCCUUUUCAAUUGUCCAUUAGACGAAAAUUGGCAAUUGGUUUAUCUGUUAUACUGCAUGGAACCAUGAUUUAUGAGGUAGUUCUGGCAAGCUGCCUUUGAAUGAGGAAAGCUGUUACAGAAGUCUUUUUAUCCACGACGUAUCUGGUUAAAAGAAAAGCCACACCAAAACCAUGUGAUCGGCCUAAGACUUGAGGAUUCAGGCGAAACAGAAGCAAAAACAUCUCCUACAUCCUAACAAGGCUCUGUCUUUACCUCAGCCCUGCAGCUACCAUACACUCAUCCUAUGUGCUUCACUAGAAAUGGCUAGUUAUACUUAUUAAAGGUUCCAUUCAUUUACAUCCACAAUGUUUUCAUGAGAUCAUUUAUAUUUAGAUUAAUAUUUUUGUUAUACAAUAUAGUUAGAUUCUCACCUACUUAUAAACAGCCCUUUUGAGCCUGUACUGCUUGAUGGAAAUAUACUCCAAUGAAAUUCGUUAUAAGUGAUAGU